AUGCCGAUCAUCCACCACCAGAGAUCCCUACAGUCCCUGGAGAUUUGCACGAUUCACCAAACGAUACUUCUGAGGGAAGAGGUUCUUCAUGACGAAGGUUUUACUGAGCCUCUGUCUAAGAAAGCCAAAUCUGAUGCUGCUCCACCAGCUGCUGCGGCUUUCGAAGCUUCGGCUCCUAAGGCAGCUCCCGCAGCUCAGGCUUCGACUGCUUCUUCCCUCUCCAAGGGGAAAGAUGUUCCUGCCGCCACCACGGCUCCUCCUUCUGAUCUGCGAGGUGUUAUAUCUUCUUUGGAGGCCUUUGCCUCUCAAUUUACCUCUCUGGAAGCAGACAAAGUUCGACUGCGGGAGGAGGUUAAAUCUUCUUCUUCGAAGUUGGACGGCGCCAUUAAAAAGGCUGGCACGGCUUGCCAGGAAGUCGACUCCCUAAAAGAGGAACUGGGCAAACUGAAGGAGAGGCUGAAAGAGGAGGAAGCUCGGGCAGCUGAAAAGGAUGAGCUCCUUCGUCAGUCUUCUUGGCUCUAA